AUGCUCGUACUCCUUCUUUUGCAGAGGCAUACUGCACUGCGCGAGAAGGAAAAAAAAACUGAAGAGGCUUCCAAACCUGGAGAACACAAUGAUGGAAUGAAGAAUGAGAUGCUAAGUGAGCCCUGCUACGUUGCAUACACAAGUACUGAUGCAAAGCUCAUCGUUGCAGCUCACUUCUGUAAAAAUCUACGUAUGCUUUUACUCCGAGGUGGACGAUUAUGA